CACCCGGAACGGAGUAUUUCACCCUCACGUGCAUUUCAGGUUUUUCUCAUCCAUCCUCAUUUUCUGAUCUCAAGAAGAUAAGCUUUAAAGCGAUAAGCCAAGAGAUACAAGAGAUAUUAAGCGGAAUAAGAAGCGGAGACCAGGAAGAAGGAAGGAAUCAAAGUCUUUAAGAAUUAAAGUUUGAUAAAAAGAAUGAAUUUCGACACGCCAGCCAGCAGCAGCUUAUUCUCCUCGCCGGGGGCAGGCGGGAUGGAUAGCGCGUUUGGGAGUGGUACUCCAGCCCUGGGGGGUGCAGGGGGUUCGAUGACUGCUCAAGAUUCGGCUGAACUUCAAGAAUUUCUGGCUAUGGAACAAGAAAAGGCGAGAAUGAGGUUGCAGAUUCAAGCUAUGACGGAUCUCUGUUGGGAUAAAUGUAUGGGUCAACCUUCGUCAAAAUUGGAAUCUAAAACGGAAGCAUGUAUGGAUAACUGUGCCCAAAGAUUUGUGGACGUUUCAUUACUCAUUACACAAAGAUUUGCUACAAUGUUGCAAAGACAGGCUAACAUGUAACGCUGCCAGAGUCUAGGUCAUUCAAAUUUAGUUUCAUAGCCAGUGUAUUUAAAUAUUCUUAUUGAUAUAACAUGAAAAAAUGAAAGAUGCGUUUUUGGUUAUUGUUAUAAAGUUACUACAAUUUGAAAUGAUUGUGUUCAUUGUAUGCAGAUUGAAUUUAAUUCUAUGAUGACAAUGUUGUAUGAAUAAUCAAUAGAAUUCUCGUAGUAUGAAAAAUGAUUUAUAAUAAUUGUCUUGUAAUACAAAAUCACGAAUUACUUGAGUAAUUCAAAAAAAUGAGAAAUUGGCCGUGCAGGUCAAAGCAUAUAUGUAAAUGUAUAAAUCAAAAAUGAGUAACUAAUACAACACAAUUCAUUUCCUAUAUAAAUUC